GGCUUGGGAGAUCAGGCCCCAGGGGAGGCUUGGAGGCCUAGAAUUGGCCAAGGGUCAGAGAGGGACUGAAAAACAGGCUAGGAAGAGGGUGUCUGAACUUCACAGGGGGCAGUUUAGGAACUGAGGGGCUGAGGAGCUGGAGCGUGGGGAAGCUUCUGUGUCUGGGGGACCCAGGAGGACAGGAGAGCAGAAGAAGGGGCCUACGGGAGCCGAGGGGUUGCUGGGCCAGGACAGGAGGUUGGACAGGCUGGCAGGGAGCCGGGCUCCGGGGAUCGGGCCGGGGUGUCCUCUGGGGCUGGGGGGCUCAGGUUUCUGCUGGCGGCUUGGCGGGUGUGGGGUUACCAGCCGGCUCGGUUACCCAGCCGGAGACGCUAGACUGGGGGGAGGGGGUGGGCACAGGGCAGACCCUGGCACCCUGUGUGGUCUCCUCAGGCCCUAAGGGUAUCUGGCACUGCUCCGGCAGACCCCCGCUGGGAACCCUGAUGACCAGGGUCUGUCCAAGUGCACAGUUGCCUGGCCUAGGGUGGGCAGCCUCUGGGGAAAGUCCAGCAGCUCCAGGGCUGGAAAUUCUGACGGGCAGAGAGGCCUAGGCUGUCCCCCUCACCCCACCCGACAUCCGCUCUCACUGUACCACCCCCUCCCAUCUUCCCCAACUGUCCCCCAAAUUUUGGCCCUGUGCUUCAUCCAAAAUGGGGCCGUGGGUACCUUACAUGUGACCAUCUCAUGGCAAGACCAGGCCUUGGAGGGCAGGCCUGGCAUCUUGAUUUAAUUCCUCUGCCCCUCUCCACACUGUGCCUGCCUGGGGAGAAGAGAAGGGAUGCUCAGAGCAAGAUGAAAUGGAGGAAGUGAGGAGGCUUGAGCGAUAGAACCAAAAGGGAAAAGAAAGGAGAGGUAGGGAUGAUUCCUCGGAGGCUUACGGACAUAGACGCGGUAGAGAGGAAGCGGGAGCCUCGCAAGGGCUGAAGGAAGGAAAGCAAAGGAUGAGUCGCGGAGAGGGGAGACAAGGGUCCGAGAAGGCGGUAAGGGGACAGGAAGAGGCCAAGAAAAGGGGCCAAGAGUGGAGAGGGCCUCGUUCCCAAAGGACAAGAGGGGAAGGCUGGGGAAGACGGAGUUGCCCCCAUUCCUUCCUCCGCCAUCUUUUAUCUCCCUCAGAUUUACCCUGAUGCGGCCUGAGCGGCUGUGGACUAGGGCAGUUGUCAUGGAAAGAAAAUGUGGGGGGACACUGAGGUCUCCCUCCUGUCAGGAGCUGAAGCACCAGGAAUUGGGGAUUUUGAGGGAGGAGAGGCUUAACCCCCACGGCACCGGGAAGCAGCCAACUCCCCUUGCCUCCUUCCCCCUUCGUGGCUUGCGGUCUCUCUUCCCCGCCUCGGCCCCCAGGAAGUGAGAAGAUGGGGAGCCCCGAGGACGACCUGAUCGGGAUUCCAUUCCCAGACCACAGCAGUGAGCUCCUGAGCUGCCUCAAUGAGCAGCGCCAGCUGGGCCACCUAUGUGACCUCACCAUCCGGACACAGGGCCUUGAAUACCGCACCCACCGGGCUGUGCUGGCUGCCUGCAGCCACUACUUCAAGAAGCUCUUCACUGAGGGCGGUGGCGGGGCGGUCCUGAGCGCUGGGGGCGGCGGGGUGGCUGCCGGGGGAGCAGGGGCCGGCGUGUGUGAGCUGGACUUUGUGGGGCCGGAGGCACUGGGUGCCCUGCUCGAGUUUGCCUAUACAGCCACACUGACCACCAGCAGCGCCAACAUGCCGGCAGUGCUGCAGGCUGCGCGGCUGCUGGAGAUCCCGUGUGUCAUCGCUGCCUGCAUGGAGAUUCUGCAGGGGAGCGGACUAGAAGCUCCCAGCCCUGACGAGGACGACUGUGAGCGAGCUCGCCAGUACCUGGAGGCCUUCGCCACAGCCACAGCUUCAGCCUCGGGAGUUCCCAACGGUGAAGACAGCCCUCCACAGGUGCCCCUCCCACCGCCGCUGCCGCCGCCCCCUCGGCCUGUCGCCCGCCGCAGCCGCAAGCCACGAAAAGCUUUCCUGCAGACCAAGGGGGCCCGGGCAAACCACCUAGUGCCUGAAGUGCCCACAGUGCCCACCCAUCCCUUGACCUACGAGGAGGAGGAGGAGGCGGCAGGCAGAGUGGGCAGCAGCGGGGGCAGUAGGCUGGGGGACAGCUACAGCCCUCCCACAGGGACUGCCUCACCCCAUGAGGGGCCCCUGAGCUAUGAGGCCUAUGAGGGUGAGGAAGAAGAGGAGGAGCUGGCAUAUCCCCCGGCCUAUGGGCUGGCGCAGGGUGGCGGGCCCCCGCUGUCCCCAGAGGAGCUGGGCUCAGAUGAGGAUGCCAUCGAUCCUGACCUGAUGGCCUACCUGAGUUCCCUACACCAGGACACCCUGGCACCAGGCCUAGAUGGCCAGGACAAGCUAGUGCGCAAACGCCGCUCCCAGAUGCCCCAGGAGUGCCCGGUCUGCCACAAGAUUAUCCACGGGGCUGGCAAACUGCCACGCCACAUGAGGACCCAUACUGGUGAGAAGCCCUUCGCCUGUGAAGUCUGCGGUGUCCGUUUCACCCGGAAUGACAAGCUGAAGAUCCACAUGAGGAAGCACACAGGAGAGCGCCCCUACUCAUGCUCGCACUGCCCAGCCCGCUUCCUGCACAGCUAUGACCUCAAGAACCACAUGCACCUGCACACAGGGGACCGGCCCUAUGAGUGCCACCUGUGCCACAAGGCUUUCGCCAAGGAGGACCACUUGCAGCGCCACCUCAAAGGCCAGAACUGCCUGGAGGUGCGCACCCGGCGGCGCCGCAAGGACGAUGCGCCCCCUCACUACCCCCCGCCCUCUGCCGCCACCCCGACCCCUGCUGGCCUCGACCUCUCCAAUGGCCACUUGGACAACUUCCGACUCUCUCUGGCUCGAUUCUGGGAGGAGCCAGCCCCUACUGGGCCCCCAGUCUCCACCCCGGGGCCCCCUGAUGACGAUGAGGAGGAGGGGGCACCCACCACACCUCAGGCUGAAGGUGCCAUGGAGUCCUCUUAAAGAGGGACGAGUGGCCGAGCUGGAGCAGCACGGGGCCGGGACGCCCAUGCUGAGCAGCGGGAGUGUGCAGCAGAGACGGCGCUGGGGUCCGGGCACUGAGCCUCCCUGGCAUCGGAAAUUGGGCCCUUCCCUCAGAGCUCUCAUUCCAGUUCCAAGCUGAGAAGGUUUUGGGGCAGAGGCUCCCCAGAUUGGGGUGCUCUCCCAAGGAGUGAUACAUACGAUAUCAUGUAUAUAUUUACAGCUCCAUUGUAAAGGUGGGGUCCCUGUCCCCAGCUGCUCCUGGGGAGUAGAAGCAAUAAUGUAUUUCUGAUUUGUGGGGUCCCUCUUCGGCUAUGCGGGUUUCUAGGGGGUGGGGGGCUUGGGACCAAAGCCUUGCCCUGCCCCCAUGCCCCUUGGGGUUUUGGCUGUGUAAGGGGGUGAAGGACUGCCCCUCCCUUUCGAGACCCCUCCUUCCUGGUUUCUGUUCCCUUUUCCUGGCAGUGAAUUAUGCAAAGGGGGGCGGCAAAGGAAGGGUAAGUGGGGGAAAGCAAGGUAGAAGCUUGAAAGACUGGGGGACUGGGCCUGUAAGGAAGGAGCCAUCCUAGUCCCCCUCCGCCCUGCUCCCAGCGCUGAGUCAUGGGGUCCUGGAGAAGGGGGCGGGGUGGCCUGAUUGGUUCGCCCGCCCCUGGGGGCAGCGGGAGGGGCCCCGCCCAACUACGGGAGCUGCUGCUGGUUCUCCUCCCCUCCCCUCCCCUCCCGAGUAGCUGGGCAGGGAAUGUCUUGUUCCCGCCGCUCCCUCCCCAGGGCCAGAGGGCAGGGCGGGCCGGGCGGUGGCCUACCCUCUUCUCCUCCUCCCCGCCCAGGUGCAAGCCGGAGCCGCCGACACUGCUGCCGCCCCUGACUCACGCCGCCCCCGGGGCGCGGUGCAGGGUGUGGGACAGGGUGAGGGGUUGGGGGCAGCCUUGCGGAGAACGGGCGAGCCGGCGCCAUCUGGCGGCCGUGCCCUGCGCGGGCGAGCGCCCCUGGCGGCCACUUCCAGCGAGCCGUCUUCUCUCAACCUCCACCACCCCAGCUGGUGAGCGGCGCCCCCUUGCCAAGGCCGGGGCAAAUAGCUUCUUGCUUGGCCGCAAGGAAGGUGGGCUGCGGACCUGUGGGAAAGGGAUCCUUUCCCCAGACCCUUGCCAGCCGGGCUUCCUUUUGCGUCGGGGAGAGUAAUCCCCUCACUCUACCCUUAGGAUUGAAUCCACCCCCGGUCUGUACAUAGCCUUUUCUGUUGGUCUUGUUGAAAUCUAGUUUCAGAUUUUUAACUACCCAAUUCUGCUGGGGGUGGGGGUAUCUCCUCCCCACCUUCCUCGCUGGGUGCUGGACCCCAUUCUGCCUGGGCUCUGCCUUGCACUAUUUCCCCUCCCUGGCCUGGCGGCUCUUCCCCUUCCUUAAACGGGGCAGGUUCAGGGGCCCGGUGCUCUCCCUCCCCCCCCAUGCACCCCCAUGCCCAUUUGCACAGCUGCCCAGGUACCCCCAAUAGUGGGGGGGGGUCACAGGGAGGGGGUAGCGGGACCAGUCCUUGUAUCUAUUUAAAAAGUGAUGAUGUAAUAUAUUGGGGUAGGGGGAGGUCGGGUUGCCCUGGGCCUCAUCUUAGCAUUUCAGGUGAUGGGAGAGCCCAGGGCUGAGGAGACCUGGGGCCUAGCCCCAGGGAGUGAGGACAAUGUGGCCUCCCCCCUCCCCCCUUGCGGCUUCUCCACUCAGUGCCUUAUGGGGUGGGGGGGAGGCAAUCCCCCCUCUCCUGUUCCCCUCCCCUUGCCCUGCCCCCCACCUCGGGUGUAAGUGACAGGAAGAAAUAAUAAUUUAAGAUUCACA